AUGGCUGCCACAGUAGCUUCCGCCUACAACAACGCCGCCGCUCACGGCUACCAGUCCAGCGUGACUGCCGAGUCGUCGUCUGCCAAGGCUUCGUCCUCGAGGUCUUCCCAUCGCGACCAUCACGACCGAUUCUACGGAUACCGAGAACCAUCCGAGCUCUGCGAGAGAUUCAUUCUCUACCUCUUCUCCUGCCCGCUCGACUCGACCUCGGCGUCGGCAUCCCUCCCUGCCACCUCCAACGGCAACCCUGCUCCCCGUCUUUCGGAGUUCAUCGCCUAUGCCCUCUACCGAACUCGCCUCCCUGAGGCGGUCACCUUCCAAGCUCUCUACCUCCUUCUUCGACUCAAGAUCCGCUUCCCCGCAGCACGUGGCUCUUCAGGCCACCGCCUCUUCAUCUCGGCCCUUAUGAUCGCUAGCAAGAGCAGCUGCGACGACACCUACUCCAACAAGUCGUGGGCCAUCGUCGGUCAGGGUCUCUUCAGUCUGCGCGAGAUCAACCAGAUGGAGCGCGAGCUCUUCGGCUACCUCGGCUAUAAGGUCAACGUCUCUCCCGAGGACCUCGAGAUGUUCACCUGCGAGCUCGAGCAGGAUGUGGAUGGUGGACGUAUCGACUUGGUGGUGCGCAAGAUCCUGGAGCUCAUGUCUCGUCGUCGCAGCAUUGACGGGUCGUCGGAUGAAUCAGGAAGGGAGCGAUGCGAGAGUGUGUCGAGCUCGCCGCCUACGCCUGCGCUGGAGUCGUCAUCGGGCUUCUCGUCGCCGUCGACCGACUCGCAUGCUGGCCCGUACCGUGCAGCUGGCCGACACUCGAGGCAGUCGAGCGUCACGCAAGCCUUCAGCCAGCGCGCUAGCAUCUCGGGCCCAUCGAGCAGCAACUCGAUGCCUGCCGCUACACCUAUGGUCAAGAGCGCCAGUCAUCGUCAGGAACGAAGCGCCACGGCCCCGAGCUUCAUCCACCCCUUCGCCAACACCGCUCGCGAGAGGUCUCGCCCCUACACCACCCCUUCGCACAGCAUGCCUCUCUCGGCAUCCUCCUCCUCGUCGUCGUACUACGCCGACUCACCGACGGCCUCCAUGUGCUCGUCGACCUCGUACGCCGCUUCCAGUGCAACAUCGGCGACGCCAUCCCCCUACGCCUCGCGCUCUUCUAUCAUGUCCGGUCGCACCACGCCCGACACCCCACCCUCCGACAUGGAGGCUCAGUUCGACGACGCACGCUACUACCCAGCCAAGUUUGACCUCAGCCCCACGUCCCACUACAAGCUUCCUUCCUCCCAGUCGGUUCAGGCGCACAACCUGCACCCGUACCACUGCUGGAGGUCUUAG